CAGUUCAACUCAAGCUGAUCAAGCUCCAUGUUUGUUAUCGGCCGAUUGAAGUGAGUCGUAUUUUAACCAAAUUACGUGUUUCGCGGAGACAUUCGCUGGUUUUCUGUGUGAAAAUCAGUGAAUUUUAGUCUCGGGCAGUGACUGGAUACUGAAACGGCGGCCGCAGAGCCACAUUAAAAAUGGGAGAGGACAAAACCGGCAAAUCGGGUAAGCAUCAUGCUAAAAUGGCGCCGCGUGGACGUGCUUGUGCUAAAACGCCGUGUUAUGCAUCUUCAGGAGACAGAGACCGCGAUCGGGACAGAAGGCGGAGGUCGCGAUCACGGGACCACCGGAAAAGAUCCGGCUCUCGCAACAGGGCGGUGGCGGAGCAGCCCCCGCGCAAUCGCUCCAGAUCGAGAAGUCGCGAGCGGAGAGAAAGGAAGAGAAGCCGAUCACGUAGCCCCAAGGACAAAAGAGCAAUUCGCAGGAGGAAGCCUUCCCUGUACUGGGAUGUGCCCCCUCCGGGCUUCGAACACAUCACUCCCCUGCAAUACAAAGCUAUGCAAGCUGCGGGCCAAAUUCCUGCGAAUAUUGUAGCAGAUACGCCUCAGGCAGCUGUGCCUGUGGUCGGCUCGACAAUAACUCGGCAAGCCAGGAGACUGUACGUCGGCAACAUACCGUUUGGUGUUACUGAGGAAGAAAUGAUGGAGUUCUUCAACCAGCAAAUGCACCUGUCGGGUUUGGCCCAGGCCGCAGGAAACCCUGUUCUGGCGUGCCAGAUUAAUCUGGACAAGAACUUCGCCUUCCUCGAGUUCCGCUCGAUAGACGAGACGACUCAGGCAAUGGCGUUCGACGGAAUAAACUUCAAGGGGCAGAGCUUGAAGAUUCGGCGGCCGCACGACUAUCAGCCGAUGCCCGGCAUGUCCGAAAACCCCUCGAUGAAUGUACCAGGUGUAAUUAGCACGGUGGUACCGGAUUCCCCCCACAAAAUCUUCAUUGGUGGUUUACCCAACUACUUAAAUGAAGAGCAAGUGGGCUUCUCCGGCUCGGGCCCGCAGAGCUCGGCGCUCGGAUCAGUGAUCAAGGACCUGCUUUCGUCGUUCGGACAACUGCGAGCGUUCAACCUCGUCAAAGACUCGGCCACGGGCCUCUCCAAGGGAUAUGCAUUUUGUGAAUAUGUCGACGUCAGCGUUACUGACCAGGCGAUUGCAGGCCUGAACGGAAUGCAACUGGGCGACAAGAAGCUGAUCGUUCAAAGAGCCAGCGUUGGCGCCAAGAACAACACCCUGACUGCACAGGCGCCUGUGCAGGUGCAAGUGCCAGGACUGAACCUCCUCGCGGGAGCAGGCCCGGCCACCGAGAUUCUAUGUCUGAUGAACAUGGUGACGCCGGAAGACUUGCUGGAUGAGGAGGAGUACGAGGACAUUCUGGAGGACAUCCGGGAAGAGUGCGGCCGGCACGGAAUCGUUCGAUCCCUAGAAAUUCCAAAACCUAUCAAAGGUGUCGAUGUACCUGGUUGUGGAAAGGUAUUUGUUGAGUUUAACACGAUUGGAGACUGUCAGAAGGCCCAGCAAGCGUUGACUGGUCGCAAGUUUAACAACCGAGUCGUGGUCACGUCGUAUUAUGACCCCGACAAGUACCACCGGCGUGAAUUUUAGGAUUAGAAUUUUAAUCGGUGUCACUUCAGAAUAAUUAUGAUUUUGCAUGGCGAUUCGAAUAUGUGUAUCUUGCUAGAGGCCUGUGUUUCAUGUAGAUUUAAAUCACAGAAAAAAAACAAUAAAAUAAAUGAACAUAAUUAAGGA